GCCAAACCCAGUUGGAUAGCAGACCUAUAUUAACCACCUCAGAUGGAAACCAGAACAUCACAGAAGUAGAUGCACUUGAUAUAAGACAAGCACUUGAUCCUGCAGUGCAAUACAAAAUGAACCAUCAAAGAAGAGGAAUUGCAUUAAUCUUCAAUCAUGAGCACUUUUAUUGGCAGUUAAGGCUGUCAGACAGACGUGGGACUUUUGCAGACAGAGACAAUCUGAAACGCAGUUUGACAGACCUUGGGUUUGAAGUGAGACUUUUUGAUGAUCUGACAACAAAAGCUGUGAUGGAACAAAUUUAUGAAGCCUCUAUGGAUGACCACAGUAAUGCUGACUGCUUUGUCUGCGUGUUCCUGAGUCACGGUGAGGAUGAUCACAUUUAUGCAUAUGAUGGCAAAAUCCAAAUUGAGACAGUCAUAGACAUGUUUAGAGGAAACAAGUGCCAGAGUCUGGUAGGAAAACCAAAGAUAUUUAUCAUUCAGGCAUGCCGAGGGGAUAAACAUGAUGAUGCAGUUGUUGCUCAUGAUGCACUGGACAGUGGUGAUGAGUCCCCUGUCAAUGAGACUGAAGUGGAUGCAGCUGGUGUCUAUACUCUGCCUGCUGGUGCAGACUUUAUCAUGUGCUACUCUGUGGCACAAGGCUACUUUUCUCAUCGUGAUACACUACAUGGCUCCUGGUACAUUCAAGAUUUGUGUGAGACACUUAGGACACAUGGAUGUUCCUUGGAGUUCACAGAACUUCUUACUGUUGUUAACAGGAAAGUAUCUUAUCGCAGAGUGGAUAUAUGCAAAGACAUUAACGCUAUAGGAAAAAAGCAGAUUCCUUGUUUUGCCUCAAUGUUAACUAAAAAAUUGUAUUUUCAUCCAAAAUCUAAGUAG